AAUUUACAGCCAAACAAACCGCAAAAAAUACGCUCAGCUGAUUGUGAUUUUGUUUGGGAGAAAAGUGAAUCUGUGACAACACCAUCUGAAGACAGUCGGCGGAGGAUCUGCGCGUCGGAGGAGGAGGAGACGGACCAUACAGAGAAACGUGGUUAGCCUGUCCGCAGGCUGGGAAGAAAACUGUGCGUUUUCAAAACAAAAAAAAGGGGACGAGUUUAUCUAAUCGGAUGUAUAAGGACUUGUUCCUGACACCGCAGACUGUGGCUAAAACUGUGAACUAAAGAAGAAGGGUUUUAAAGUUGUCACAGGAGGAAUAAUAGACGCACCCUGCAGAAAAGAGGAUCCGCAUCUUAAUUUGCGUUUUCUACAUUGGAGACGCGGGGAUGUGUGGACUUACAGUAUAGAAUAGAAACCUGUCAAUGCUUUUGUCUGCAUUUAAGAGAGCAGAAAGGACGCUUUUACAGCUGAAACUGCAUUUUUAAAAACAUUUUAUUUCUUCUUUCUGUGAUGGUUAAAAUGAGUAAGAGAGCGGAUUUACAUGACUGGGACAAGUUGUGAUUUUUCGCAUCACACAAGCUGUUCGCUUUUUGAAGACACAAACUGCAAAACCAAAGACAUCAAUGUGCUUAAGGAUCCAAGAAAGAGCUCUGGCUUUGAUUUUUGUUUCUUCCCUUUUUCGAUAUAACAGAGAAAAGAAAUACCUCAUAAUUUAUUAAAUCUGGAAAGUCCAAGAUCCACUUUGAACUCCCAAAGGAAAGUUAAACAUUUUCUUUUGUGUUUGACUGUGGCUUCUGCCUCUUUCCUCUCAAAAUAUUUCAAAAACAGAAAAAAAAAGGAAUAGUUUUCCGCACUAUUAAGCAAAGGCUUUAUCCUUUUCUUUUCCCCAUAUAAUGAGGAUUGAGGUGAUAUCAAACCCGUUUUAGAAACUAUCUGGUGUGGAUUAUCAACGCUACAAUUACCUCAGCUUGACCUCGACCUUCACAAAGCAGCAGAGUGCAGAAGGUUGGAACAAUGCCAGAUUCACCUGCGGAUGUGAAAACCCAGCCCAGGUCCACCCCACCCACCAUGCCUCCUCCACCCCCGGCUGUCAGCCAAGUAACCAAUCGCAACGCUUCAUUCACCCCAACCACCAGUAAAUCAAUGCUGAAUGGGAGCAGCCACUCUCCUACAUCACUGAACGGUGCUCCAUCCACUCCUAACGGCUUCAGUAACGGGCCGGCCAUGUCCUCAACGGCCUCGCUGUCCAACCAGCAGCUCCCGCCAGCCUGUGGUGCCCGGCAACUCUGCAAGCUGAAGCGCUUCCUGACCACACUGCAGCAGUUUGGAAAUGACAUAUCGCCUGAGAUUGGAGAGAGAGUGCGUAGCCUUGUGCUGGGGCUGGUGAACUCCACUCUCACCAUUGAAGAGUUUCACUCCAAACUUCAUGAAGCCACCAACUUCCCUCUGAGGCCUUUCGUCAUUCCCUUCCUGAAGGCAAACCUGCCCCUGCUGCAGAGAGAAUUGCUCCACUGUGCCAGGUUGGCCAAGCAGACUCCAGCUCAGUAUCUGGCCCAACACGAGCAGCUUCUCUUGGACGCCAAUGCCAACUCGCCCCUCGAUUCCUCCGAGAUCAUGCUGGAGAUGAAUGAGCACGGCAAGAGAAGAACCCCUGACAGGACCAAAGACAGCUCAGAGAGAGAUGGCUUGCAUCCGGAGCACCUGGCCAAAAGGCCCUGUACCAUCAGCCCCAGCCAACGCUUCAGCCCUAGCACGGUUCUUCCUGCUCACCCACCUCCGAACGGCCUCCCCACACACCCUCCCAAUGGCCUGCCCCACCCACCCAACCCCCAAAUGGGUCCCCAGCACUACCGCUUAGAGGACAUGGCCCUUGCACACCAAUACAGAGACGCUUACAGACAUAAUGAACAUCGUGACGCUCGGGACAGGCACCGGCAGACAGCAGUGCAUGGAGCCCGCCAAGAGGAGGUCAUUGACCACCGUCUAACAGAUCGAGAGUGGGCAGAGGAAUGGAAGCACCUUGAUAAUCUCCUGAACUGUAUCAUGGACAUGGUGGAGAAGACCCGCCGCUCUCUGACAGUGUUGCGGCGCUGCCAGGAGGCCGACCGAGAGGAGAUGAAUCACUGGAUUCGGCGCUACAGCGACGUGGAGGAGAUGAAAAAAGGUGGGAGCAACGGACAGCACUGCCUUCCUCCUCCUCCUCCUCACCACAACUCCUCCUCCAACACAGCUAGCAGCAGCGAGGCACUGCCCAUAGGAACUUCCUCGGCUGCUGAAAGGCAGACAGGCAGACAGACAGAAAUCCACCGAGACUUCUUACAUAGGCCUCCCUCAGGAUACCUGCCAGAAGAAAUCUGGAGGAAAGCUGGUACUACAAGCAUCCCGCUCUCCCCAGCACUAAAGCAUCUCCAAAACAAGCAGGAGGAAGCAGUGAAUGAGGUGAAGCGACAGGCGAUGUCAGAGCUGCAGAAGGCGGUGUCGGACGCUGAGAGGAAGGCUCAUGAGAUGAUUUCAGCAGAACGCUCUAAAAUGGAGAGGGCGCUGGCCGAGGCCAAGAGGCAAGCCUCUGAGGAUGCACUAACAGUCAUCAACCAGCAGGAGGAUUCCAGUGAAUCUCACCAGAGCUGCUGGAACUGCGGGAGGAAAGCCAGUGAGACGUGCAGCGGCUGCAACACAGCUCGCUACUGCGGCUCCUUCUGCCAACACAAAGACUGGGAGAAGCACCACCAUGUUUGUGGUCAAGGCCUGCAGGGCCUGCCAGGGGGCAGCAGUGUCCCUCUAGGCACCCCCUCCUCGUCCUCAGCGUCCUCCAGUGCACCCCCCACCCACUCGGAGAGCACCCCUCCAGGACCACUGUCCCUGGCAGGCCAGAGCAGUAUUGCGGCAGGGGCUGGCAGUGGCAGUGGAAGUGUUUCUGCCAGCCCCAAGGAGAGCAGUUCCAGCAGUGCCUCUCGCUCCACAACCCCAGCUACCCCCGCCCUACUAGACGCCACUUCUCGCUGACGUCUGACCUUUGACCCUUUUCAUGCAUACUAAUGCGACAGUGCCCACACUCCACACAAAACCAAACUGAGGAAUCUUCAUCGCACACAUUUCCUUUCCUCUUCCCAUUAUGUCAGUCCUUGUUUCCCUCUUAUCUUAAGCUCUUCUGAAAUUCUUCUCACUACCUGAUGAUAGACUGGUUGGCUCAACUUGUCAACCUCCCCCAAAAAUAUUUUUUCUGUCUUUCUCUCUUUCUCAAACACAGCCACAAAUACAAAGAUUCCAGCCUGGGGUUCAGUGUAAUGUAACGCAUGAAAAGAGCAGUAUCUCACAUCUCUGUUUUCAGUAACAGAAACAUAUCAGAUGUGUUUGCUGAGAACAUGAGCUUUGACUUGAAGAUGUGCCCUCAGUAAUGUAAGCACGGUAAUUUACGUCCACGUAAGGACACAAGAUAAGGGCUGUGGUAAAGCAUCAUCGAUGGGGGAGAUGACUAGACCGAUUAGCACUUGGAUAGGAUUUCCCUUUAAUUUCACACCAAUGAGAGACAAGUACCCAGCCCUGAUAUGUGCACUACCAGUCCAAACAGUUCACUGAUGUGGCACUUUUUCUACAGUGUCGUAAUGGAGACAGAAAAAGGACAAAUUAGCUUUUUUUUUUUUUUUUUUUUCAAAUGGAUGAGGGAAGGGGAAAAACCUGUGAUGCGAUUUAUUCUUCAGAAACACAGCUUAGUAUUUAUUAAAUGUUUCUUUCUGGCUUUAAGGGAAAAUAAAGAAAAGUCCAAAUAUUCUAAAUAAAGAAUAAUAAUGAUGAUGAUGCUGAUGAUAACGAUAAUAAUGAUAUGAAAAUAAAUGAAUUUUAAACUGCUAACUACCUUGCUAGCGAGCCAAGAAAAUCUACACCGGACUCACCUCUCUGCACCAUUGUGAACCCAAAUAAAUUCAAAGAUGAAAAAUAACAUGAUCCAAACCUUUGUAUUACACUGCCAAAGUGAGUAAGUAAGCGAUAAGGAGAAGCACUCAUCUUAUAACCAAACGCAAAGCAACAUCACCUCCUCAGCAGAUAAGCCAGCCCUGAGAGGACCAGGCUGCAGAGAAGCUGCAGAACGGGACCCAGAGAUAGUCAGACAGUAAAAACAAAAAAAAAACAAAACAAAACUGUGAUCUGCUUUGAUCUGCAGCUGCUUCCUGCAGCCUGGACGAAAAUACAGCGAUUCCUCAGUGAUGGCCCAGACUAGUGAAUAUGGAAAAUGCUGUGAACUACAAGAAAGACUUGAUGAAAUGGAUGGAAACCCUGCCACAGUGUGAUUUUUGUGAAUGGUAACAGAGAGGACGGAGAGAAAAAAAAAAGAGGAAAGGAAAAGCUACACAGCCUCAAAGGAGACAAAGAUACAUACAUGGAAAUGGAGCUGCCAAAAACCUCAAAACAAGCUUGAAAACAUUAUUCCAAGAAGGAAUUGCAUACUACGGACACGUAUGGAAAGAUUGUUUUUUUUUUUUUUAAAGCUCCAAUGACGAGGAGAUAUUUCAAGGAAUUGCUGUUACCUUUACAUUCACUCCCUCCUUUUCCAAAGCAUGAUAAACAAAUGAAAGAGCCUAGUGAAGGGCGGUGUAGACUUGGUUCUCCUCUCUCUUUCUACCUCCCCUCACCCCACACCUCCCUUCUACGCUCUUCCCCGACUACCUGACUCAAGUCCGCCCCCGACCUCGGCCUGCUUUGGACAGAGCCUCAGAGCAGUCACGUGGUGAGGGAUCAAACCUGCUUGUAGAUAUUGUUCCUCUUUUCAUUUUUUCAAUAAUGUCUCUUGUCGCUGAUGUCCACAUGUGCUGCCCUUGUGUAUAUCCAGAAAGAUGGACUUUUGUUUUGGUUUUGUUACCUUUCAUUUUCCUCUUUUACAUUUUGGGCUGAGCAGUGAAGUCAGAGCAAGGACACUUGUUUAUGAGAGGAAGCCCCCCCCAUAGUACUUAUUGUUUGAUUUGUUGUAUCUAUAUUAAUGAGAUGAAACCCCUCUUGUAGAAUAUUUUGUAUUGCUCGCAUUGUAAGACAGUGAGAGGACGGAGGUGCAAUAUGAAGAGAAUUCAGCUACUGAUGGAACCUCAGCAACUGCCCAUAGGGUGUCAUAUAAUAUAGAUACAUAUAAAUAUAUUUAAAGUAACAUCAGUAACUUAAUGUGAAUGUACAUAGUAUUUAAAGAGGUCCAAAAAUGUGUUUGCCAAAUAACAGAAACCUUUAAAGUUUAAUGUCCAGAAUAUGAUUUUCUCACAGUACAUUUGUUUCUCAAAUUUAUCAAUUCCCCCCCUCCCCCCGCCCCAUACAAUUUAAAAACUUUCAAUUUUCAUUGAAAUCAAAGUGUCAUGUGACCCUGAGUGGAGGAGACUGUUGGUAACAGAGGUAAAGUGGCUCCAUAGAAGACCACAAUGCAACAUAGCUGAAAAUAGAUGAAAACAGAUUAAGGGUGGAUGGACUGUACAGGACUUCUACAACAGUUUCUGAAUGAAUGAAUUAGGCCUUAAUUUACCAUCUUAGAAAAAUCAUUCACAUUGUACUACAUCAAGAGACAAAUUCUGUAAUUUUUAUGUUUUGCUUUUCUGGCAAAAUCCUGUCAUUGUCCCGUGCUUCAUCCACCCCAGGUCAGUUUACAUCCUGCAGGAGGGGACUCAACAGUGGCUCAGUUUCAAAUUUAGUUAUUUCACACCAAAUUUGGGACAUGUCAAAACUUUAUUUCUCACGUAUAUUGACUCCUGUGACUCAAUGUGAAACAUCACCAUCCUCUGGCCUCAAGUGCCACUGUAGUGACCCUCUCUCUUGGUCCUCAUCAUCCUGUGUGUGCGAUUAGGUGUGUUUGUUUCCCCCCAGGUGCAGGACAACUGAUUACUGUAGGGUUAAAUGAUAUGCCAGUGUUAAGCUACACUAAAGCUAACCUUGAAGCUUAUUUUGAUACCCAAUCUUUUAAAUGUUGUUUUGUUUUUACGGAUUAUUGUUUAUUUGUAAAGAUGUAAAUUGAGCAUUAAGCUGAAGAUCUGGGACAGCCAUGAGGGUAGCACCACCUCUUUAGGGUUUAUUUUAAUUUUCAGCCUUUCCCAUAUGUGCCAGCAUACCAUCAUCAGAGGUUUUACUCACUGCAACAGAGUGCCUGUGGCAGCCAUGCUCAAGCAAAUUUCACAGUGAUUAACUUUACACAGUUGGCCUCAUAAACACUUGGACCAAACUUGGAAAAAAAAAGGUAUCUUUAUAUUUUCAGUGGAUGGCAUAGCAAAAAAUUAAAACUUUGCUUUUGUUGCUUGUUUUCAAUUAUCCACAGAUUGUUACAGUGAAUAAUGACUUUCUUUUGGACUAUCUGAGACAUAUAAUUCAAACGAGAUAAGCUGCAAGGUACCCCUGCAUCUGCGUAUAGCAUUUCUGUAUGUGUGUUAAAAAAUUACCUUAAUAUGGUGUUGACCUCAGCCUUUUUGUGUCAUUUGCUCCUUUCUCCCCAUGUCUAAUUCCUCCUCCGCUAAUACCACAGACCACUCCUCACAAACCCCCCCCUCACACACUUGCUACCUCCUUUGACCAUACAGCUAACCACCAGGAGAGGUUGACCUGGACUUUGAAAAGCUGGGCUGAGAGCAGACAUGGAGAUGCAACACUCAAAACCGAUCAUAUCUGUCUGAAAAUUAUU